AUGUCUUGUUGAAGCUGACGAUUACACUAAAGUUUGAAGUAUUUUUAGGUGCUAUCAUAUAGCCGGAACCGGUUUCGAGGCACGAUACAAAUAUUGGACGUGCUGUAAUGCCCAAAUCCCUGGCCAAGCAGAAAGACGGCGUUUCUCCUUGCGGAAAUUCAUCCGUACAUGCCGCCGCGCCAGAACGUACCACCGGCGCCGCCGAUGCGUUCCGUAGCCCUGUCGGCUGCACAAGUGCCACCCCGGGCGAGGACGAUUUCCUGGCAUGGUGCAGCGAGGAGCGCGUGCGGUUCCCCAGCUCUCGCUUGGCUACGUUGCCAGAUACGGGAAGGGCACUUGUGGCCAGCCGCAACAUCAAAAUGGGGGAGGUGGUUGUGGAGGUUCCGGACGACGCCGUACUGAUGGCUGACAACUGCACUAUCAGGGACAUACUGGAAGGACGGUUCCUUAGCCCAACCCUACCCGGCUGCUGUACCUACAUGUGCUUAGUGGGGAGUUGUGUACGGCUUGGGGGUUGGGUCGUUAUCUACGGCAGUGGCGGUGGAGAAUGGUGUGGCCGAUUUACGACAGUGAUGGCAGCCAGUGGUGGCAGCUGGCAACCCAAGCACGCGUGUGAGGAGGGUAUGUGCAAGCCGGCCGAUGACGAGAUCUUGGAGGUCCAAGGCCUUAUCAUUGCCGUCAUGUACGAGAAAUCCCGGGGAAGGCAGUCACGAUGGGCGCCGUACUUGAACCUGAUCCCGGACGACAUGACCCACAUGCCGCUGUACUGGAAGCAUAGGGAGUUCAAGGAGCUGCGUGGUACGGCAGCGUACGACAAGAUGAUGGGCAAGGUGCAGUGUCCCGCCGACGCACCCACGCAGGUCCCCGUUCUGUGGAGUGAGGUGGUGGAGCCCUUCAUCCAGGAGCACCCGGAAUUAGAGCUGCCGGAGGGGAAGGCGGGGUAUGACUUAUACCGCUGGGCCACGUGCGCUGUGGCGUCGUACAGCUUUAUCUUGGGUGAUGACAAGUACCAGGCGAUGGUCCCCGUCUGGGACCUGCUCAACCACAUCACAGGUCGGGUGAACGUCCGACUGCACCACUGCGCCAAGAGGCACGUGCUUCACAUGAUUGCCACUCGGGACAUCCUUCGCGGUGAGGAGCUGGUCAACAACUACGGUGAGCUUUCCAACGCGGAACUUCUGCGGGGGUACGGCUUCGUGGAGGCACGCAACCGGAACAAUCACGUACAGGUUCCACUGGGCUUUGUGGUCCGUGCGGCGACGGAGCUUCUCCGAGAGGACAUCACGGCAGCGGCGGGUGCCGGCCCUGGACCCGGUCCUGGUAGUCAGUCCGACCAGGGGGAGAUACGAGCCCGCGCAUCUGCGCGGUUGCGCCUGGCUCGCCGGUGCGACCUGUUGCCACAGCACCAUGUGUUCAAAAUUUUCGAGGGGCGGCCACCUCCGCCCCCCAUGACUGCGCUCAUCCAUCUGCUGCUGGCGUCGGAUGCCGACAUUCCGGCUGUGCGGGGUGCUGUCCGCCGUGCAGCCGCGGCCGUAGUGGAAGCUGUGACCUCGCAGAGGACGACAGGUUGCUGGCGGAGGCGGAGGCAGGACGCCGAGUACUUCCGCCACGCUUACAUGCGGCGGUGUUGGCUCGGAAGCCGGAGAAGGACGCGUUGCUGAGUUUGCGGAAAUUCAUCGGUCAGGAAGGAGCUUUGCGUCAAUCCUUGGCUGUCAAUUCCGGCAAGAGCUUGUCGAAGACAGUCUUCGGAAUAGCAGGAGCAAAGGGGUCAGAGGAACAGCUCUCUGAACCGCUAAAAUACAGUCGUGCCAUGGCUAAGAGCUGUAGCGCUGCUCCUGUCAAUAAGUUUGCCCCUGCUUCGUUUUCGUUCGGUUUCUCUCUGUAAGUUUUGAGUUCG